AUGGAACCAAUGGAAAUAGCAGAAAUUGUAAAAAUAACAAAGACAGCAAAAACAACAGAAGCAACAGAAAUAACAAAAACAGCAGAAAUAAUAGAAAUAGUAGAAACAACAAAAACAACAAAUAUAACAGAAAUAAUAAAAAUAAUAGAAGAAGAUAAUGCUCUAUCAGAUACAGAAAAUUUAAAAUGCUUAUUUAAAAAUUUAGUAAAAAAAUAUAAAGAUACAGACCUUCAAUUAAUUGAAUGUGAAAUUAAAAAAAAACAAAAGAUACGAGGUGCAACAGAAUUAAAAGUUAUUAAAAAAGUAAAUCUUUUAGUUAAAUAUUAUCUUGAAUUAGAAAAUGUUCUUGAAUCUUUGAAUAAAUUUAUUAUAUACGAAAAACACUAUAAUCAAAUUAUGGACCUUAUCUUUUCUGCAGCUAUUAAAUAUCCAAUUUCUCCAACCUCACCCCAUAUACUACCAUAUAUCCCUAUCUCUCAUUCAGCUGCAUCUGAAAUCUUUUAUCCUAGUAACAAAACAGACAAAUUAAUUAAAAUUUCAUUAUCAAACUCUACUUAUAAUACUUUUAACUUUUAUACAGAUGGAUCA